AUGAGUUGGCAAGCAGCGCUGCCAACACACACUGCACCGGGCAGUACAAUCGGAGGGGUACGAAACGAUGGCGAUGAGGACAUGUGCGACCAAGCCAGCUUCGUUACACUCCCUAGGACAGUCAACACCGGAGUAGUAGAUCAGCAGGAACACGGAACCUCUGCAACAAUCGAGCACUCUGCCGCAGAAAGUUCGAACGAGGUCGGACGGAAUAUUGAGAGCGGAACGACCGCCAUCGAGGACACCAAGUCAAAGGAGCGGUUGCCUAGGAGCCCUCGGUCUAAGCUGAAGAGAGCGAUCGCCUUCUGGAGCCAACUCUUCAAUAUGAACGAGAACUUCCAUGAGGAGAUCACGGGUCUUCCUUAUUCAGUAGCGAUCGUUCGACAGAUUGAGAGCUUCACCGGAAAGCCUGUACGCCUAGACACGAGGGCACCGCGCGAUCGUGAUUCCGGUUCGGAGCUCGUCGGUCUGAGCGAUAGCGACAACCGCAAGUACCUGACAGUUCGCAGAGGCCUCAGGCUCAUGUAUGCUCGGUAUGAUGUGCGCGGUAAAAGCGUGCUCAAGGAUCAGCAAGAUCUGCACUUCUUCCUCUACCGAGCGCGCCAUAUUGUUCGUGCGGCAGUGUUGUCGACCCUAAGAGCAAAGACAUUGAGUGGUGCAUGGAUCCAUGUUGUCAGGCCGGAGGCUACCACCGUAGGUGUCUUACCGAGUUUGAGCUGA